GUACACGGGGAGUUAUACUGGUCAUCGUCUUUCAGAGAUGCACACGAGGAGAUUCACUGCAAGCCUCGUAAUGAUGGAGAUGCAGUUCCUCGCGCAGUUGCUGCAAUGCAAAUAUGGUCGGAUGGCAUGUCGGCAGCAAAGUUUGGAAGCGCCAAGUUAUGGCCCAUCUAUUUACAGUUCGGAAAUCAAUCGAAAUACGUUAGGCAGUGCUCUGGAUCGGGAGCAACCCACACAGUUGCAUUUAUCCCAUCACUGCCUAGCAAUUUUAAAGAAUUUGUGGAGCAUCAUGCAAAGGGGAAAAAGACUUCGGCAGAACUUGAAUUGCAUUGCCGGCGUGAAAUUAUGCAGGCCGUUUGGCUUGUUUUGUUGGACAACGAAUUCAUCAAUGCCUGGAAAGCUGGUAUUCUUGUAUUGUGUGGUGAUGGUAUUCUGUGUCGGUUAUUUCCUCGUAUAUUGACCUAUUCUGCUGAUUAUCCUGAGAGGGUUCUUUUGGCGACAAUGAAAUUCUUGGGCAACUAUCUGUGUCCACAUUGCCUUAUUCCAAUCGAUAAGAUAUGUUCGUCAUUGGGCAAGGCAGUAGAUAUGCGCUACCGCACCAAAUUCCAACGGGUUGACGACUUCGACCGGCAAUAUAGAAUUGAGAAGGCGCGAGAGUUGAUUUACAGAGGGCGGAAGCGGUUGACACACCCGAAAGUGCGACACCAUUUAGAUAGUCGCUCCUUGGCUCCUGUUGAAAAUGCCUUUUCAAAACGCUUGGGAUGUUUGGGCUUUGAUUUUCAUAAGAUCCUAGUAGUGGAUACCUUACACGAAUGGGAAGUAGGUGUUUGGAAAGUGAUUUUCACUCACCUGGUAAGGAUUCUCAAUACAUUCAAGGACCGUGAUUGUGUCAAUGAAUUGAAUAAGCAGUGGGAUCAAGCUUUUAUUUGA